AUGUUGGCCGCCCAGGCCUACAUGCGCCUCGGGGACACCAUGGCCGCGGGGGACCCCGGCGAGGGCUACAGCCGGCUCGCCGGCGGGCCGCGCGUUGUGGAGGCCUCCAGGCCGGCACGGGCGGGUCGGCCGCCCGGCGCGGGCGCGCCGGCGGCGGCGUGCCAGCGUGGGGCGCGGCCGCCGUGCCCCGGAGAGGGCUUCGCGGACCCGUUCCCGGUGGAGGAGGACUCCGCGCCGCGCGGCGGGCCCUCCGAGCUGUGCUCCGCCGGCGGGCCCCGCGGCAGCCAGCUCCCGAUCGCCGCGCGCGGCAGGGCGCCGACGCCGCGCAGCCGCAGCCGCAGCCGCUCCGUGGACUCCGCGGUGCGCCUGUCCUGCUGGAAGGUGGGGUCGGAGUUCUCGUGGGAGGGCACCAGCGACGAGCCGGUCACGGGUUCUACUACGACUUGCGGUCUGACAUGCAAAUCCGCCCCGAUUCGGUCGUCCUCAAGAUUGCCAAGCGAUUCAGUGGCCUUAGGCACGACCAGUGUCAGCAUGCGCGAUCGCAUGUUUCAAUCGCUAUCUUCCAACAAGAAAGUGCAGACCGUGGCGGCCAAGAUUAGGUCCGUUGAGAAUUGGUACAAUUUGCUGCCAGACUCCCGGUUUUUAUUGUGUUGGGAUGUGUGGAUUUUCGUGAAUUUGCUUAUCACUGGAGUUGCGGAGCCUUACAUGGAGGUGUUCAUGACCGACGCUUGGCAGACCAAGUUUGUAAAUGUAUAUUUGGCUUUCGUAUUCAUGCUUGACACUUGCCUGAACUUCUUCCGAGCAUUCAGGGACUCUACACGAGAUGGCGUCGUCCUCGUAACAGAUCCCAGCAGGAUUGCGCGGCACUAUUUGCGAACCAGAUUCUGGGCCGACGCCUUGAGUUCGUUGCCCCUGGCGCUUAUCAGCCCACGACUGGCAAUUUUUCAGUUGCUCCGCAUCUUGCGCCUUCACAGGAUGAUGUGGCACCUCGCACAGGCGGGGGUGUCAUUCAGCGCGCUCAAUCUCGUAGAGUUCUGCCUUAUGUCAGGAUUUGUUCUCCACUGGCUCGCAUGUGUAUGGGCCACGAUUGGCUUGGACGAGGACGGGUCAUGGAUGUUGGUUGCGCAGGAAAAGCUGGGGUUCUUUGAGGCCGACAAUUGCGUCGAUAAGUAUUUGUUAUCCCUGUAUUGGGCAGUGACUGUGCUAUCGUCAGUUGGCUUCGGUGACAUCACGCCUGGUACUCGGGCAGAGUUCCUUUGCGCCAUCGUGUGCAUGGGCAUCGGCGGCUGUGUGUGGGCGUACAUCGUGGGGAGUGUGUGCGGCAUGGUCUCCGCCCUGGACAAGUACCGCAUCGACGUGGAGAGAAAGGGGAACGACCUGAUGUGGCUGUGCCGAGAGACCAAGCUACCCAGGCAGUUGGCCGAGCGGAUCAAAGGAUAUUUCAGCCACGCCAAGGAGUUCUUGAAGAUGGAGCAGUACCACGAGGUAAUGAAAGAGCUCUCCCCUGCCCUCAAGGGCGAGGUGGUGGCGUUCUUGUACGGCCGGUGCCUCAAGCGGGUCUGGUACUUCGACGUCUGCGACACGCGUUGUCAGCAGGUUCUCGUGGAGGGCAUGAUUCCAAAGAUGUACGGAGCGGGCGAGCACGUCGAGAACAUCACCGGCCGCGGCGACCGAGCCCUGGUCUUCCUGCGCUCGGGGCUCUGUUCCCGCAAGAAUGCGCUGCUGGCCCCUGGGGCCGUGUGGGGAACGGACGUCAUAUUGGAUACGGAGGAGCACGAGGACAUCGAGGAGCUUCUGGACGAGGAACUCGCAGUCACUAUUAAUUUCUGCUUUGUGCUGCUGCUGGGCAAAAACAGUAUCGACCACGCGGCCUCAAUGUUCCCCGUCUUUGGAAAGAGGCUGCGCAAAGCGCAUACGCGGAUGCUUCUCUGGCGAGGUAUCAUCGCGGUCUCGCGCGCGGUGAAAAAGCUCGAGGAGAAAGAGCGCGUCCCCGAAAAGAUCUCCAGGUGGGACCAGCUCGGCAUGAAUUUGGCCAAGGUUGUGCACAAGGACUGCGAGUUGCUGCAUAGCAACCUCGCCCAGACGCCGAUGCCGACGCCUAUCUCGUGCCUGUCAAAAACAGGGGGGCGUCGAAGCGCCAACAUGUGCAUCACCAGGAAGAACUCCCUGUGCUUCGAGCCCGCCAGCCCGGCCAGUGCCGCCUUCGCCGCGUCCACCGCCGCCGAGUCCAACCUGUUCUGCCUGGAGCCGGCCGUGGCGGAGCCCGCCCCGCGGUCUUCGGACUCGAAGGAGAGCGGCGGCAGCGACGCCCCCGCGGCGGCGGGGUCGCCGCGGAGGUUCGGCCCGGGGCGCGGGUUGCCCGACGUCCACGAGCGGCUCGACCUCCAGGCCGAGCAGCUGGACCGGCUCGGCGAGGAGGUCGGAGCCUUGUCGAAGCUGGUUCGGAAGCUGCUCACGCGCCUGGACGCCAACGAGAGGUUCUGA